CCCACCCCCGGGUGGUUGCUGCAGCCUACGCUACCUCUAGCACUGCUGGCCGCCCGCGGAGCCGGAGCCCGAGCCCGAGCCCGAACCCGAGCGGCGCCGGUCCCAACGUCGGGCUCCUGGGCCGCGGCGGCGGGCGGGCGAUGCUCCAGCGGCCUGACCAGCCAUGGAGGCCGAGGCAGGCGGCCUGGAGGAGCUGACGGACGAGGAGAUGGCGGCACUGGGCAAGGAGGAGCUGGUGCGGCGACUGCGGCGAGAGGAGGCGGCGCGCCUGGCGGCACUGGUGCAGCGCGGUCGCCUCAUGCAGGAGGUGAAUCGGCAACUGCAGGGUCACCUGGGCGAGAUUCGCGAGCUCAAGCAGCUCAACAGGCGCCUGCAGGCCGAGAACAGGGAGCUGCGCGAUCUCUGCUGCUUCCUGGACUCGGAGCGCCAGCGCGGGCGCCGCGCCGCACGCCAGUGGCAGCUCUUCGGGACCCAAGCAUCCCGGGCGGUACGGGAGGACCUGGGAGGCUGUUGGCAGAAGCUAGCCGAGCUGGAGAGCCGACAGGAGGAGCUGCUGCGGGAGAACCUGGCGCUUAAGGAGCUCUGCCUGGCGCUGGGCGAAGAGUGGGGUCCCCGGGGCGGCCCCGGAGGCGCUGGGGGCUCCGGCGCCGGGCCGACCCCAGAGCUAGCCCUGCCUCCUUGCGGUCCCCGCGACCUAGGCGACGGGAGUUCCAGUACCGGCAGCGUGGGCAGCCCCGAUCAGUUGCCCCUCGUCUGCUCCCCGGAUGACUGAGGGCGCUGCUUCUACGCCGACGCUCGCCAGAAUUGCUUCCUGAGCGCCAGGACUGCUGUGGAUCUCCGUACCUCGACGGUCGCUUCGGCAGUGUAAUAGGGGCCGCUGGCAUGGACUAAGAAUCCCUGACAUUGAGGAAGCCCCCCCGCUCUCGCUGGCGGGGUAGCAGGGGGACUGGAGGCUGGAGCGGAGGGACUUGCUGGGGGUUGGGUGGGGACUAAUAAACUCGGACGGAAGCGGA